AUGGGGUUGAAUGGCGCUGCUGUGCCCGCCCGGCCGACCCCGCGAUCCAUUCUAACCACUAUCAGCAACAGCAAACUCCCGUUUUUGAACAGCCUCCAGUUCCAGAACGACGGGCCUCACCCUGCCAUCAUCCCUUUCACCAUUUCGCCCCGGCCCCAGACCGAAUCGCGGGUUGACAAUGGCGGCCACCAGCAUUGGCAGAAGCCCUUGGGGCGCGACAUCUUGAUCGUCGACAUCGACAUGAGGAGCCCGAACGGGGAGAAUGAGGUGUUCAACAACGCCACCAAGAUGGCCCGGGAGGCGUACAAGUUCGUCGUCUUCAUCAACGCCGACGCCAUGAUCGAACCCCUCGAAGUGCCCAUGGGGUUUCUGUUUAACCGGUGGAAUAUCUCGCCGGACACGUCGAUCGCGAUGCCCGUCGACACCAAGCCGGUCGUUGACGGCAAGGACCACAGCAGCGCCGACAGCAAGGGAAAGGAGGUGCUCAACACCGGCGAUAUCGUCCUCCAAAACCUCCCCUACACCUUCGAGAUGCUGGACGCCUGGAUCGACUGUACAUCCGAGAAGAGGAACCCCGGGUGCGGAGAGUGGAGGCAGAAUUGGAGCCACGAGCAGCGCGCCUAUUCGGAGUACAUCCGCAUCGAUAUCAAGCCAACCGGCAACAACGCUGUUGAAAUCCCGUGCAACGAGGCGAAUGGGUGCCCCGGGGAGAUCGAUUUUAGCGAGACAAUCAUCGACGAUUGCCGGGGCGAAUUCACCCGGCACUACCCCGGCUGCGGCUCGCACAAGGACAUCCUCAAGACGAACACGGCCGACGCCAUCGUGCAGAGCCUGGGCGAGCUGCUGCAGAAGAAGUUCGAGCUCAACCAGGAGAGGAUUCUGGUAGAGGAGGUGCGGCAAUAGAGGCUGUCGGACCCGCUGGGAAUGAGGUCGAUAAUGAACUGUGGGCGCUGGACCGUUAUUACGCGGAUAAUGAUGCCGCAGGUCAGGGAGUUCCGGGUAAGAAAAUGGGUGGUUUGUUACAGAAAGGGAGACCCACGGCAUGAGCGCGGUGGAUAUAUUACUACACGACGUCUCCGUCACGCCGCAGCCGCCUGCCAUUGCUGGGAGUCCCACCAUAUGCCUAAGCUCACGCAGUAUCUAUCUCGUUUUGUGUAUUUACACUUUGAGGAGGCGUCCGCUUCGCCGAGCAACAGGUAUCCCGCUGUCGCAGAUAGCCCC